GAGGCCAGACGGAACUUCAGUCUCCAACAUCGCUAUUAAAGCAACCAGCUCCCGAGGAAGAAGUCCCUAUAAAAUCUAGGGUCAUUCUCUUUCCCGGGAAAAUUCUCGAACUUUACAUUGGUUGGUGAGAAAUUUCAGGACAGAGACUUUCAGUAUCUGUGCUGCAAGGGGUGUUGUUGGUGGGUCCAAACUGACUGUGAGGUCUCUCUACUGAAGUCCCAACAUUGUUUUGGAAUUUAUGAGCACGAGAUCCUAAGUCUAAUACAGUUUUAUUGUUGCGUUGGUUUGGGUUCGGAAAGGAGUUACCAGGAAGUAGAGGGGGGAAAGGUUUCUUGAGCUGAAGUAGGAAUGUGUUUGACUGGGAUUUUCAUUAUGGGGAAUCAUUAUGAGGUCUAACGAUUUUUAGGAGUAGGAGCUUUGUGGAUGGAUCGUACUCUAAAAUUUUGUGUGUUGCUGAUGCUUGUUGCGCUAGUGAAUGCCUCUUUCACAAAACAUGAUUUUGGACGUUGCGAAAGAGCUGUUAGAAAUUGGGCAUACUCUUCACUUGACAAAGAAACCAGAGAGGAUAAACACACACUAAGAGAUUUACUAUUUUUCCUCCACGUUCCAAGAACAGGAGGACGCACAUAUUUUCACUGUUUCUUGAAGAAGUUGUAUCCCGGCUCUCUUGAGUGCCCUCGUUCUUAUGAUAAGCUGCGCUUUGAUCCAAGCAAACCUAACUGCAGGCUUUUAGUUACGCAUGAUGACUUUAGCAUCACUUCAAAACUUCCAAGGGAGAGAACUUCUGUGGUUACCGUACUUAGGGAUCCUAUUAGUCGUGUUUUUAGUACUUAUGAAUUUGCAGUAGAGGUUGCGGCUAGAUUUUUGGUCCACCCAAACUUGACAUCUGCAACUCGUAUUGCUGGACUCAUGCGCUCUAGGACUAAAGGAGUAAGCACGCUUGAUAUCUGGCCCUGGAAGUAUCUGGUCCCAUGGAUGAGGAAAGACCUAUUUGAUAGGAGGGGUCUGAGGCAAAGUAGGGGACUACCUAUCACUAAGAGCAAUGAUUCCUAUGACAUGGAAGAAUUUGCAAUGCCAUUGCAUGAAUUCAUUAAUCAUCCUGUGGCUGAGGAUAUUGUACAUAACGGAGCCACGUUCCAGGUUGCAGGUUUGACAAACAAUUCUUAUAUAGCAGAAUCACAUGAAGUGCGCCAUUGUGUACAGAAGUAUAAGAUUCUUGGCAAGUAUGUGCUUCAAGUUGCAAAGAAGAGGUUAGAUGAUAUGUUAUACGUUGGUCUGACUGAGGAGCACAAAGAAUCUGCCACAAUUUUUGCAAAUGUUGUUGGUGCUCAGGUGAUAUCACAGCUGAGAGAACCAAAUACUAGCGUGACUGGUGUUGAUAACACAGGGCAUAGUUCACUGUCAAAUUCUGGACCUGAUAACUACGAACAUCAGAAUCACACCUUAGACAGCAGAGCCAGUGAGACUCCUUCAAACGAAGCAACAGAAUCAAAAAUGACUGUGGGAGACCUCAUGGAAGCUUAUGAAGACUGUGUUUCUAGUUUACGGAAGGCCCAAAGUCAACGGCGCACCUUUUCUUUGAAGAGAAUAUCUCCAGUGAAAUUUUCAACAAAGGCACGCCUUCAGGUUUCUGAUGAGGUUCUUCAGCAGAUACGAUUUCUUAAUGACCUUGACUUAGAACUCUAUGAAUAUGCAAGAGAGCUUUUCUCCAAUCAACACAAAAAUGUAUUACAGAAAUUCACUGAGGAAAGAUGGGAAAGCAUGUCAAGCUUGGUGAACUGGAAGCUCCUUCCUUCGGUAAUCCCUUUCGCCUUCCUCCUCUUGUUCUUUCUUAUUGUAAAUAUGAGAAGAAGAAUGUUGAAGGCUAAGAUAUAAAUGUUAUUCAAUACUAAACAUCAGAAAGUAAACAUUGGGAUACGGCUUGUCAUUGUUAUGUACCUUCGGGAGGUAUGAGAGAUCAGAUAUAUCAAGUUUCACGUGCCA